CUAGAAGUCUUAUAAGUAAAUACAAUAAAUUGUAUUGUUUAAUGUUUAUUGCUACUAUUACUAAAUUAAAAUAUUAAACAAUAUUUCAAAAAAUGUAGUUUUAUUAAUCAAUUAUUAUUAUUAUUAAAAUUUUUUCUUGACUUAAAUAAUAAGUUCACAACAUUUUAAUUUAAUAACUAUAAAAUAAAACUAAUGUCUUGAACAUAAUGAUAUUUAUAAACUUUUUGCAAAUAAAUAUGUAAAUAUUUAUAAUUACCCACAUGCACAGGCAAUUUCAAUCAGUGAUGCACACUACCGACCACAAGUUUUGAUUAAUUCAUUUUAUACUUAUUUUUUAAAACUGGUAAGUAUAACUGCUUCAUUUAAGAUGAAUAGCCCUAAAGUAAAUAUGAGUAUUCAAGCUGCUAAAAAGGUGAAUGGUUUAGCGGAUCCAACUAAACCAUUUUCUUCAUUUAUGAAAUAUAAUAAAAAUGAUCUUGAAGUGACAAUGCGUUUCAUAAAAGCACCUGCCAUGACUACUUUUCUCAAAGAUAAGUUAUAUUCUAUGAUUAAAGACAAUAUGAUGGAAGCAUAUAAAAAGUGUCCUUGGGGAUGGGAUGGAAAAAAGAAACGUGCAGAGUUAUUCCACAAAGAUGCUAGGUAUAUUUUAGUUCGGCAUUCAAGUGAUAACUCUCUUGCAGCUUUUGUGCAUUUUCGAUUUGAUAUUGAAAAUUUGAUUGAAGUUUUAUAUCUAUAUGAACUUCAAAUUGAAAAAAAUGUGCGUGGUAAAGGUCUUGGAAGAUACUUGAUGACCCUCUUGGAAACUAUGGCAUUUCAUUAUAAGAUGAAACGUAUUGUAUUAACAGUGCUUAAAAGUGAUGUGAAUGUAGUCAAAUUUUAUUUUUCACUUCAAUAUGAAAUUGAAUCAUAUUCUCCUGAAGAUGCAUUUUAUUAUAUACUAAGUAAAAAAAAAAAAACUUUAGAACUUACAAAGAACCAAUAAGUUUGAAACAAGUUGGUUCUAAAUCUAUAAUAAGUAAUUUAACAAACUUUUUAUACAUAUAUUUUAAUUUAUAUUCAAUUUAUUUAAUACUUUGGGUUACAUUAUUUGUAUCAUUAUUGCUAUAAUUUAAAAUUCAUAAUAUUGUUAUGAAAUAAUAUACAAUUUAAUAAAAUUAUAUUUAUAAUA